GCCGCCGACCGCACAACGUGUCUGUCGCGCCUCCGCGCGUAACCUCACAGCCAUGUGGUGAAGUGAAACUGUCAAACGUGAUACAUAACGCAUACCGGUGUCAUUCCGUUUCUAUUUUACUAUUGCACUUUUUAUUCGUUGACUUGUAGUGAUUUGUGUUGACGAAGUGGUGCCACUCGUUUGGAAAAUUGGAUUAUACGAACGAAUAAUGGCCUUAGCCAGGUAUAAUCAGCAAACCGCGCGCUCCUCUUGGUUGAAGCUCGGGUCAGGCAGCGAGUGCGGCGGUGGAGGGUCGGGCGGCGGCGCGUCGGCCCCGCAGUCGGCGCGCGUGUCCUCCAACGGCGCCGGCGGCAUGGCCGUGAGCCGCGUGCCCAGCCCGCUGCACGACGGGAACACGCCCGUCGCGGAGAACUGGUGCUUCACACAGGUCAAAGUGGUGAAAUUCAGUUACAUGUGGACUAUAAACAAUUUUAGUUUCUGUAGAGAGGAGAUGGGGGAAGUGUUAAAAUCAUCGACAUUUUCCGCCGGUGCUAGUGAUAAAUUAAAAUGGUGUCUCCGCGUGAACCCAAAAGGACUCGAUGAAGAGAGCAAAGACUACUUAUCGUUAUAUCUAUUAUUAGUGUCGUGUAACAAAUCUGAAGUGCGGGCGAAGUUUAAGUUCUCAAUAUUAAAUGCAAAACGGGAAGAGACGAAAGCAAUGGAGUCGCAACGAGCGUACAGAUUCGUUCAAGGCAAAGAUUGGGGGUUCAAAAAGUUCAUCAGAAGAGACUUCCUGUUAGACGAAGCGAACGGUCUACUCCCAGAGGACAAGCUGACGAUAUUCUGCGAAGUGUCCGUGGUUGCCGACAGCAUCAACAUCAGCGGGCAGAGCAACGUGGUCCAGUUCAAGGUGCCCGAGUGCCGGUUGUCAGACGACCUGGGCGCGUUGUUCGACAACGAACGGUUCUCCGACGUCACGCUGGCAGUGGGGGGACGGGAGUUUCAAGCGCAUAAAGCGAUAUUAGCAGCGCGGAGUCCAGUAUUCGCGGCGAUGUUCGAGCACGAGAUGGAGGAGCGCAAGCGCAACCGCGUGGACAUCACCGACGUGGACCACGAGGUGCUGCGCGAGAUGCUGCGCUUCAUAUACACGGGCCGCGCGCCCAACCUCGACAAGAUGGCCGACGAUCUACUCGCAGCCGCUGAUAAGUAUGCGCUAGAACGGCUAAAGGUGAUGUGCGAGGAGGCGCUGUGUGUCUCGCUGUCGGUUGAGUCAGCAGCCGACACGCUCAUACUGGCGGACCUGCACUCCGCUGACCAGCUCAAGGCGCAGACCAUAGACUUUAUUAACACGAGCCACGCGACAGACGUGAUGGACACGGCGGGCUGGAAGAACAUGAUCUCGUCGCACCCGCACCUCAUCGCCGAGGCGUUCCGCGCGCUGGCCACGCAGCAGCAGCAGAUCCCGCCCAUCGGGCCGCCGCGCAAGCGCGUGAAGCAGGCCUAGGGGCCCGCGGCCGCGCCCCCCCGCACCAAAGCCACGCUGCUGUCCGCGCUAGUGUUCGGGGCGUCGGUGUCAGUGACACGAGGCUCCACGACCGCGGCGAGCGUUCCUACGUUUAGUGAACUUUUGUGGAUUUAAUCGAUCCCGACCCUUCGUUUACUAUGAUUGAUCUCAAGACGAUAUUCGAUCCUAAUGUUUUUGUCUCUCGCGGUUUAGUCCGCCGCCUGGAUUACUUUUAAUGUGUAUUUUAAUGCCGGACGCUUUUUGCGCGUUGAUGUAGUUCGAAUGUAGGCUUGGAUUAUGAAUAUUUUAUGUAUGUCGUUUCUGUGGUUCUCUCGCAGUUAUGUUUAAUGUAAAUUAUUAUAUGUAUCGGUAUGAAGUUGUCCCGCGAGGAGCCGCGACGGCGACCGAGCGGGCGGCCUGCGGCCCCGCGCGCGGGGCUCGGGCCGCCCUCGGCCGCGGGCGGCGUUAUACUUUCAUAGAAAUGCAAAUGUAACUUGAAUGAUACUUGGUAGAAGUUUAAAGUAGGAAUUUUGAACAUAUUUCGAUGUAGCGAGGUAAUCGAAUGCAAUAAACCUGUAAAGUUUGUAGCGGCCGGCGUGUACAGUCGCGCCGCAGUAGCAGUGUAGGAGACUCGAGUGAUUUAAUAAGUCUAUUGAACUGUCGGUAUUGGUGUAUAUAGAUGAGCUACGAUCCCACCAUUAAAUAUUUUCUAAGUACUAAAUCGUAAGUGGUGACACCGUUAAUUUUUUAUUGUAUCUUAGGUGUUAUUCCAAUGACAUUGUGAUUAUUCUAUCGGAUUUCCAUAGGUUGUAUUACCCGUGCGUAUGUUUUGAUUCGUAUGUAGAUCGCUGGAAUAAUUUAACGCUUACUUGGAUGUCAUUACGCGUGUUGUGUUGCUUCCCGUAUCGAUGGAUUGUGACUUCACGCGAGUCCGUUGUCGCCCUUCACAAGCUCACUUCUUGUUUCAUCCUAAAUUAAAAAUAAAUAUUUCAUAUAUUUAGUAUUAUAUUAUCUAAUUUUGUAUUUUUAAUUGCUUGUCUUAAUUUCUUCUAUUUUUAUUUUUUCUCAUGUUUGUGAAUGAAGGAUCUACCCAUUUGUAGAUAUGUAGUAACCCAAUAUUAAUAAUAAUGUAUUGUGGCCAAUAUUUAUAAUACCAUUUUAUACCCAUCCCAUUUAGCAGGCAGUGUUGUCGUGUAAUGAAUUAGUUACAAACAACUGUCAAAAGUAAUAACUGUGAUUUUCGAAAUUGUCAAUAAGUUGAGCAAAUAAAUGAGAUGAUGUAAUAUAACAA